UCGGGGUUCCAGCCUCGGACCUAGGAUUGGGAACCUGCGCGAAGUCCCUCUCAAACUCCUGAGCCAGGUAGCGAGGAAGGGCGCGCAGCCUGUCCUGUCCCCACCUCCUCCUUUCCUUUGCCUGGCCCAAGAACGCAGCCGGGGAGUUAAUCUUUAAAUCUCUGACCCUUGGCGCGGAGGGCGGGGAGCUCACUUCAAGCUUGGGUUGCCUGUCGCUGGGGCCAGGGCUUGAGUCCAGCCCCCCCACCCCACGCUGCGGCCUCUCUCCUGUUCUGAUCCCCAGGUCUCGGGGUGCAGGUGUCCUCCUCGACCCCAAGAUGCGGUAGGAAUUGGCGCCCUGGGGAAGUCCUGUCUUUGGCGCCACCAACUCGUCGCCCAAGCUCAUGGAGACCCCAGGCCUGGGGCUGCUCUUGGCGUUCGGCCUGCCGAUGCUCCCCGCCGGUUUGGGCCAAGCAACACCGGACCCUUUCACAAUGGACCUUUUCACAAAUAACUCGACUCAAACCCCAGACUCCGGUUCCAAUGAGGGCCUGUCUUCAGAGGCCGUAGUAGCCAUUAUUGUGGUCUUUUCCAUCUUGGGAGUCCUCCUCAUAGCAGUGCUGCUGUUCCUGCUAAUGCGGAAACUUCGAGAAAAGCGCCAGACAGAGGGCACCUACCGGCCCAGCAGUGAGGAGCAGUUUUCCCACGCAGCAGCUGAGGCCCGGGCCCCCCAGGACUCCAAGGAGCCAGUGCGGGGCUGCCUGCCCAUUUAGUUCCUCCCCUUCCUUCUUGUCACCCAUAUUCCCUUAUGUGCUGUGUGAGCUUGGGGGAAGGCAGCACCCUCUCUGGGCAGUCAGACUCACCCAAUGCGUAAGAAUAGAAGGGAAGAAAGUUCUUCAAAGACUUUGACUUUGAGGCCAAGGGCGGAUGGGGGCUGCUCACUUUUUAUAUAUUUAUAUGAAAUUGAGAGUAAGGUACAAUAAAGGUGUUUUUUUUUUUUUUUAAAGCUUGUGGGAAUAUUAGCUUAGAUGGAUUAGAUUUGAACUGUAAGCUUUUCGGGGGUCUUAACAGGCUGGAAGUAGGGGGAAGGACCUUCAGAUGAACCUUAAAGAUGCUUAUCCCAAGAGAUCACUUGGGGUGAUGGAUGAAGGUACAUUUUUGAGCUAACAGAGGGCCCCAGGUAAACGUAU